AUGUGCAUAGCAGCCCACAAACAAAGUCCGAGGCUGUACGCGUCCGGCAUGACCACCUGGAUGAGGUACCAGAUACUACUGCUGCAUAACCGCCAUAGAGACAACAUCGCUAUGGGUCUAGAAGCCGGUCAGCCUCCGGCGACAAACAUGCGCAAGAUGUACUGGGAUUACGAACUGGAGGAGAUGGCGGAAGUAUGGGCGAGGCAGUGUCAGAAGCGCCACGAUGAGUGCAGAAAUACGAUCAGGUUUAAUGUACUGCAGAAUAUGGACGUGCGCCCUGUCGUGCCCAGGGUGACGGAGGCGCAGCUGCUGGCGGACGCGGUGGGCGCCUGGUUCUCGGGCUCCAGGGUGCUGCCGGCGGAGCACGUCUGGUCUUUCAGGCUCAGCAACUGCAGCGCGCCGGGCGGCUGCAACGCUCACUGGUAUUCUGCCGCCGCGUGGGCGUCCACUUGGCGACUGGGCUGCUCCCAAGCGCUGUGCACGGUCAGAAAACGUUCCUGUGUCCACUUCAGAAAACGGCGAAGAAUAUUGCGAAACGCCACAAUGGAACCGUUUGAGAAUAUGACACGAACGACCGAGAAUAUAUUGCGUCGAACCAGAUAUAUGACGACAGCCACUUUCCCGCGCUUCGAGGAUUUCGCCACGACCGAAACUCGGAAAUCGAAAGAGUCGCCGUUGCACCGUGGUAUUUUGGAGAGUGUUAGAAAGGAGAAAUCACGGAAGGAGCCAAAGAUAAUAGCGUUUACAAUAUGCAAUUAUGGACCAGCCGGGAAUAUCGAUGGCUUCCCGAUCUACGAGGCCGGGACGACGUGCAGCAACUGUCCGCAGGGCACGCGCUGCGGGGACCGCACGCAUCGAGCCUUGUGUUCGGUCGUGGGAGAUCCUGAUAUCCGAACGUGA